CGGAGGCUUCUGCUGCUGCUUACUGAUCAGGAGACGAGCGCCUGUGUUUCUGCGAGCUGUACAGGGCACACGGCGAGUGGAGGGAGAAAGAGACAGGACGGCCAUUGUGAGAGCUUCCCCCCCUCUCUCUCUCAGAGAGAAAUGAACGUGUACACCACUGUUCAUUAUGUAUGGGAUUUGCUGAUGCUUGUGUGUUUGUGACCUGCUUGGACUAGGAGGGGCUUUCUCUUGCCUUCUACAGACACAAAAAAAGAUUUUCCUGAAGCUCGGUUCUCCUGACCUGUUUUCUGUCCUGCUAGUGCGGCAUCACUCAGGGUUGAGAUCAAGCUGAUUUAAGUGGCAGCGUAAGUAAGUGCAGCAGGAUGGAGGCGCCGCUCGUCUGUCUCGAUGAGGAAUUUGAGGACCUUAGGCCGUGUAAGAUAGAUGAGCUGGAAGUGGACUCAUCUCCGCGUCGAGUUUACUCUACUAUCCCUCUUGCUCCGCUGUGCCGGGAGGACUUUUCGGAGCUGGAGAACUUCUCAGAGAUGAUGAGUUUCAAGUCCAUGGAAGAUCUGGUAAAUGAGUUUGAUGAGAAGCUGAACGUGUGCUUUCACAACUACAACACCAAGACAGAGGGCCUGGCUCCAGUGCGUGAUCAGUCACAUGCAGAGGAGGAUGAGGAGCGGCUUCAGGAUGAAGAUGUAUGGGAUGCUCUGACCGAUAACUACAUGGCGUCCUCUGUGUCCAGCUGGGAUGGCCACAAUUCAGAGAUUCUUAAUGGCAACAUUACAGAAGAUGAGAUCCACGAAAAAGAGGAGGAGGAGAUGAACGAAAAAAAUGAAAACGCCAACUGUCUGAGUGAGGAACCUCUCAUAAACGCUGACCAGGUGAUUGAGGAGAUAGUGGAGAUGAUGGAGAACUCUCCUGACCCUGGUGAGACUGAAGAAGAGGAGGACGAAGAAAGUGGAAUCACCUCCCCUAAAACAAACCCCUCUUUACUGGAGGAGAUCCGCAUGCUAUCUCAGGCCACCAACAACAACUGCUCUUAUGAAGGUCUCAGUCUGAUGUCGAGCUCGACCCUGACUGAGCUGCUGGGUCGUGUGGAGAUGGCGGUGAGGGAGUACUCGGAGGAGCUGGUGGCACAGCUAGCACGAAGGGACGAGCUGGAGUUCGAAAAGGAGGUGAAGAACACUUUCAUCACAGCCCUAAUGGAGGUGCAGAACCGGCAGAAGGAGCAGCGAGAGCUCAGCAAGCGCCGUCGCAAGGACAAGGCCAUGAGCCUGCAGGGGUCCGGACGCUCCGAGAAAAACGGUGGCAUGCCAGUCAAGCGUUUCAGUAUGGAAGGCCUGUCCAACAUCCUGCAGACAGGAAUCAGACAGACUUUCGGCAACUCAGGGAUGGACAAACAGUACCUAAACACAGUGAUUCCAUAUGAGAAAAAGGGAGCUUCUCUGUCCGUGGAAGAACUUCAGAUGCUCACAAAAAUCCUGUAUGCUAUGAAAGAGGACAGUGAUAAAGUCCCGACCCUGCUAACGGACUACAUACUAAAAGUUCUGUGUCCCACGUAAGCGCCUGUGUCCUCUCCUGUGUUCGGGACUGUAAGGAAGGCCGGUAGUCUCCCUGUCUCUUUCUCUGUACUUCAGUCCCAGCUUCCUAGCUGCAUGAGCUCCCUGACCCCCUCAUUAUUAAGGGACCCUCAACAUCUAACCACCUUCCCUUUCACUUAGUCUGAUCCGACACAUCUUCCCGCGCUCACACAUAUCCACGAGGCCAGUACAGCACAGCCUGGUGCUUUCCAUGUGUUUUCUACUGUAUACUUUACAACAGGCCAAAAGCCAUAUGGAGUAUGUUAGGGGGGCAACAGACAAACAGGAAUCCGUUUUAAUCACUGAUCAGGUAUUCUCUAUUAUUCUCUUUUUUAAAAUAAGCCCGUACGAGGGCGGUUCGUUUGUUCGUGUCUGUUCUGACUGCAGGUUCAUUGAGGGACUUUAUUCUGAGACAUGUUUCAGUCUAGACACAUUGUUAGAGCACAUUUUGACUCAUUUGUCCUUCUAGAACUUUCUGCUUUUUGCUCUUUCCGUAUCGUGGCUUCAUCUUCACAGAUAGCAUGUCUUACUGUCCACAUAAAUGCUUAUUUAUGGAGAAAACAAAAGAACAAUGAUAAUCCGAAGCCGAUGUUUAAUUCUGUUAUUUCCUUCACCUUAAACAUUUUUGUUAUAAAUAUAUCAUUGAUUUAUCAUGCCAUUUCUUACCAGGGCGUAGUUUCUGCACUGGGUUAGAGUAAUUUAGAGUCAUUUAUGCCAUGCUAUGCUCAUAUCUGUAAUGUAUAUAUUUCUUGUUUUCGGGGCAUGGACGAAAGUAAAUGGCUGAGUCAAAGUUCAAAUAAAUGUCAAACCCUGUGGAAAAAAA